GCUGGAUAAGCAUAUAUCUCCCGACAUUCCAGAUAUGCUUAUCGACCAUUUCCCGAGUGCUCCGUCGUAUCGCCCUCCUGGUGCCGGUCAUAUGGAUCUAGUAAGCUUCUACGUAGCCGAUAUGUACAAUUCGUCUCACUGCCUUUUAGGCUUUUUGCUACUGCCUUUUUCACACCUUGUGCUCGUUCACGGCGUUUUACUCGUAGCGCUUCUACUCAUCGUUUGGCUGCUCUGUUGCCCAAGACGCUGCGAACGAAAGUCUAGAAAAGAACACGCAAGAUUGAAGCGUCCGAAAACGGAGUUGCUGCCUCCGUUUCCCAACGGCUGGAUUCCCAUACUUGAGUCCUCUGAGCUGCGCGUCCAACAAAUCGAGCCAAUUGAUGUCUUGGGAGAACACCUUGUGGCCUUUCGGACAGCGGACGGUAAGGCACACGUGACUGAUGCUUACUGCCCUCACCUAGGAGCCAACCUAGGCGUAAAAGGCCGUGUGGUGGGGAAUUGUGUCGAGUGUCCCUUCCACGGAUGGAGGUACGACGCUACGGACGGAGCCUGUGUACAUGUACCCUAUUCCGACGCAGUGCCAUCCUUCGUACGCCUUCGGACCUGGCAGACUACCGAAUCUAUGGGUCUCAUCUUCGUCUGGUACCACGCGGAAGGCACACCGCCGUCUUGGGAGCUACCAGACAUUCCAGAGAUCACUUCGGGAGAAUUCGUUCAACGGGAUCGUGCGUGUCACAUCGCACGUUGCCAAGUGCAAGACGUUGCCGAAAACGGGGCUGACGUGGGCCACUUCAACUACUUGCAUAGACCCAGCGGUGUGUUGUCUCCAAACAUCUACGCGAGUCACUUGGACACGAACAGCUGGUGGUCGAAACUGACAUACCAUCGUUGGCAGACGUCGUGGUCCUCUAAGGAACACUUGGCCUUUGUCAAGAUGCAUAUGCAGAUCUCCCUGCUGGGAUAUUGGCCCAAGUGGCUUCAUACUGAAACAGAUGCCUUGCAGGCCGGGCCAGCACUAUUUAUAUUGACGGAAAGAAGCAGGUUUGGGAAGUGCGUGGUGAUACACUCACUUACGCCAAUGGCGUCACUGAAAGUGAAAAUAGUGCAUAGGAUAUACGCUCCACGACAGAUGUUGAAGCUUGUAUGGUUGAACCAUUUCUCCAUGACCGUCGCAAUGCUUGAAAGAGACGUCGCCAUUUGGAACGACAAAAUCUUCCUGAAGAACCCAGCCCUGGUGAAAGAGGACAGGCCCAUAGCAGAAUACAGGAAGUGGUUCUCCCAGUUCUACAGCGAAAACAGUCAGAGCGUGGAAGAUGUACGAGAAAAGACGUUGGACUGGUGAGGACGAUGCAAACGUCGUUCCUUUCGUUCCUUCUGUUUCCUCGCCCCAUACAGGAAGGCCGUGAAUUCGUGGACGUUAAUGGUAUUUUAUACAUACGAGUUCCCUUUAUCUCAACUAACCUCAAAGGGUUCGUUGGCCUUAUAGACACGCAACGGUUGCCCGUGAUCCUUUGAACCAGUGUCUCCCUCUGAUUUUAAAUACCAAUAAUAUACACGUGUACA